AUGUAUCUGAAGAUUUUCAACGUGUUCGUGCAACAGCUAGUUCGUCACAUCCUAUGUGUUGGUUGGUGUUUCCCCGUAUUAAUACACUCGGGUGUCAACUCUGCCGUACCCGCUGAUCUCAGCUUUUCGACCAAACGAGUACUCUCGUGGGUUACCACUCAAGCAAAUGAUGAUCUUAACAUCGUUGCGAUUGUUGCGAAGUCUGUGGACGAAGCCGACCCAGACUAUUAA